AUGUCGUGGCAAACCUACGUCGAUGACCACCUUCUCUGCGAAAUUGAAGGCAACCACCUCUCCUCCGCCGCAAUCCUCGGCCAAGACGGCAGUGUUUGGGCUCAGAGCUCUAAUUUCCCUCAGUUCAAGCCUGAGGAAAUUACUGCUAUCAUGAACGACUUUGCUGAGCCCGGAUCGCUCGCCCCGACCGGGUUGUACCUCGGUGGCACCAAAUAUAUGGUUAUCCAAGGUGAACCCGGAGCUGUCAUUCGAGGGAAGAAGGGUCCUGGUGGUGUUACCAUUAAGAAGACGAAUCAGGCGUUGAUCAUCGGAAUCUACGAUGAGCCGAUGACUCCAGGGCAGUGCAACAUGAUUGUUGAAAGGCUGGGUGAUUAUCUCAUUGAUACGGGUCUUUAAGCCCUCUUUGUUAUUUCUUGUUAUCUGCUUGCUUAUUUCACUGGCUCCUAUACAAGGCUUCGCAUCGAUUUGCCAAGAGAAUGCUCGAUUGUAGUGUAAUAAUAUUAAUUAAUGGGUAUUCAAAAGUCAUGGGAUCUGCGUCUAGGGAAGAAGUUAUGGUGCUUGAGAAGUGAAUGAUAACUAUAAUCUCUGUUGUUGUGCUUUUUAGCGGGUAUCUGUAUACAUUUUACAAGUGGUUUUAAUGCUAUGGGCAUAGAUUGUCAUAACUUUCUAAAACCUUAUAUCUCCCGUGCUUUUUCUUCCUCUCAAUUUUAUCUAUGCCCAAGGAAUAUAAUGUUAUUAUCAUCACUGA